CAGGCGCACUGACGGCGGCCGGGAACCCUUCCGUCUCCCUGCCGCCCCGCCGUCGCCAUGGCCGCGCCCGCCCCGGGCCUCAUCUCGGUGUUCUCGAGCCCGCAGGAACUGGGCGCGUCACUAGCGCAGCUGGUGGCGCAGCGGGCCGCGUGCUGCCUGGAAGGGGCCCGGGGCCGCUUCGCGCUAGGCCUGUCGGGCGGCAGCCUCGUGUCGAUGCUAGCCCGGGAGCUGCCCGCCGCCGCCGCCCCCGCCGGGCCCGCCAGCCUCGCGCGCUGGACGCUGGGUUUCUGCGACGAACGCCUAGUGCCCUUCGAGCACGCCGAGAGCACGUACGGCCUCUACCGGACGCAGCUGCUCUCCAGACUGCCCAUCCCGGACGGCCAGGUGAUCACCAUCAACCCCGCGCUGCCCGUGGAGGCGGCGGCCGAGGACUAUGCCCAGAAGCUGAGGCAGGCCUUCCAAGGAGACGCCAUCCCGGUAUUCGACCUGCUGAUCCUGGGGGUGGGUCCUGACGGCCACACCUGCUCGCUCUUUCCAGACCACCCCCUCCUGCAGGAGCGAGAGAAGAUUGUGGCCCCCAUCAGUGACUCCCCAAAGCCACCUCCAGAGCGUGUGACCCUCACACUCCCUGUGCUGAAUGCAGCCCGAACGGUUAUCUUUGUGGCCACGGGAGAAGGCAAGGCUGCUGUUCUGAAGCGCAUCCUGGAGGAUCGCGAGGAGCACCCGCUGCCCGCCGCGCUGGUCCAGCCGCACACGGGGACGCUGCGCUGGUUCCUGGACGAGGCCGCCGCGCGCCUCCUGUCCGUGCCCUUCGAGAAGCAUUCCACGCUGUAGCCGGCCAGAGGGACGCCGCCGGGACCAGGGGACCAGCGCGCCAGGACCUUCCGGGGCUGGGCCCCUGCUGGCCACCGCUCUGGGCUGCGUUUCGGAGAAGCCACGUGGUGCUGCAGAAGCCAAGGGAUCUGCCGCCAGCUGGGCCUGGUGGGGUUCAGCCCAUGCGCCCUGGCGCCGGGUGACCUGGGCAUUAAAGGAGCAUUGCGAA